AUGUAUCCUUCAAAGAUAAUUUCAUUGCUAUCUCUUUUAUUUCUUGCCAUCCAAGUUUCAAUAGCUCAAACUCAAACUCAUGAAAAUUCAACUAGUUCACCCUUUGAUUUCCUAACAAAAAUACAAGGAUCUCAAAAGGGCCAAAAUGUUAACGGCGUCAAAGAUCUCAAAAAGUUCCUUAAGAAGUUCGGUUAUCUCGAUAGCCAGUCAACUAGCGGAUUAGAUUCAAAGACGAGUAAUAACAAUGAUGAUGGUAACACCGAUGUUUUCGACGAAAAGACAGAAUCCGCAAUCAAAUUGUAUCAAAAGAAUUUCAAUCUCAACCAGACAGGAAUUCUAGAUUCCGCAACAUUGUCUCUAAUGACGAGGCCGCGAUGUGGCAGGUCGGAUAAAAACAUACGACUGAAAAACGCGGAGGAUACGAUAAAACCCGAUUUUAAAUUCUACACAAGAAAUGAAAAAUGGACAAAAACAACAAUAACCUAUGGAUUCAUGAAUGGAACACCAAAAAUUGGAACAUAUGCAAUAAGAGUUUCAUUAGCAAAAUGGGCAAAGGUGACAAAAUUCACAUUUCAAUACACAGAUAAUUAUGAUAAAGCCGAUUUGAAAUUUAGUUUUCAAAAAAGAAAACAUUUAGACAAUGAUGCAUUUGAUGGUCCAGGUGGCGUUUAUGCCCAUGCAUGGGCCCCACCUGUGGGCCAUGUACAUUUUGAUAGUGAAGAGCCAUGGAAAUUAAAUGCUGGUUUAGGUAGUGUUGAUUUAUACACAAUUGCAUUGCAUGAAAUUGGACAUGCUUUAGGGCUUGAACAUAGUGAUGUGCAAAGUGCUGUUAUGUGGCCUUAUGUUGGUUUUGGUGAGAUCAAGGAUUUAGGUCAAGAUGAUAUUCAAGGGAUUAAAGCUUUGUAUAAUCUUAAAUGA